UUACCUAAGUAGACUUUACAGUCUUCUAUGCACAUACCAUUUACACAUUAUAACACAAAAUAAAAAUUUAUAAAUAUAUCAAUAGACUUCAUGAAAAUAAAAAACAAAAGCACAUACAGAGUUUAAACUUUUGAAAGAAGUGAAACUCAACACCUUCACGAGAAUAUGGUGAUCCAAAAACGACAGCACGUGUAGCAUUAAAAGCACACCAUUUUAUCAAUUUUAUUUUUCGUAUUCGGAUUCUAUUGUUAUAAGGGUAUAUUCUAUCGCGUUAAUUAAUAAUAACUUUAAAUAUAAAUAAAUCAUAAAAAAAAAAAAGUGAAUGUGGAGAAGUUGCCAUAUAUAUAUAUCUCCACAUUUUACCGUCAAUAAUUAGCAUGUUAUAAGAAAUUAUAACCGUCAUUAUUAUGGGAUACUAGUAGUUGUAUAUACAACUGUAAUUCUCAUGCUUCCAUCUCUUCCUCCUUUAAUUCUUCUUUUCAAAUUCAAAAAAUCCCAUGACUCCCUCUCCUUAACAUUCUCCUUUUUCCUCUCUUCAAGCCAAAAAAUAAAAAAUAAAAAAAAAUCAAACUUCCCUUGUAUUUCUCUGUUGUUAAUUGAAUAAGAAUGAGCAGUCCAUAUACAGUAACCAAGCUUGUUAGAUGGCGAAUUAGAGAUUGGGUAUCUUGUUUCUACGCUUGCAGGUUCCCUUUAGAGGAAGAAUCGAAUAAGCUUUGUGCAAUGACACCUCAGAAACCGAGUAGGAAAAUGGUGUUUGAUCCGAUUGGUGAUAGUAGGAAGAAUAGAAAGAAGAAGUUGAAUAAGAAAAUGGAACAGAGGAAAAAAGAAAAAGUGAAAGUUUCAGCAGAGAAAGGUGAAAAGGAAGGAGAAAAUGACUCGAGCUGGCCUCGAUUCUCAGAAGAGGAUUAUAUAGUGUUUUGCUUUGAAGACGAUGGAGGAAUACACAUUGUGGAAGAUAGAAAAUCGGAGGUAUUUCACCAGAAAAUUGAUCAUGCUAACGUUACUUCAAAAUCUGUUUGUAGGAAGCUUAAAUAUGUAGAGGAUGUAUCAGAGUUUCUUCCUCAGAGUAAAAACGACACGAUCAGUGUAGAUGGAGAAAAUAGCUUUGAAUCAGCUGAAGAACAAAUCCCCGUUAUAGACGAUAAGGACCAGGGAAAAGGAAUUGAUGAUAUGGAAGAUGAAUGGCCACCGGCUGUUGUUAAAGAGAUCAGUCACAUAGGUGAAGUUAGUGAUAGCAAAACAACUCCAUCUGCGGAAUCAAGUGAUUCUAAUUACUCCACUGGUAGCACUGGUUCCUUUGCCUUCCCUGUAUUGGGCUGGGAAUUGAUGGGCAGUCCAGCUCAAAUGCCAAAACCUGAAGAAGAUGAUGAAGACGAAGAAGAAGAAGAAGGUGGGCCACGUUUUGGGAAGCAUAAGGCUUGGUGCAGCGUGCGUCAUCACUGUUGCAAAUUUUGACACUUGUUCUUCCCCUUGUCCCCAUAUGAACUGUUCUUACUGGAUUCAUCAAGCUCUUUAAAAUACUUUGUUCUUUCGUUAAUCAACAAUUUUUUUCCUUGUUAA